AUGGUUUCCCAACAUGCCAAUGGCUGCUACACCCUUGAUGCCCCCGUCCCCGGCAAUUCCUUCGUCUUCGACAUCUACAAUGAUGGUCAGGCGCCGCGGGCAACGGCGCCGGCCCUGCCGGGCGGGCCUUGCAACUACACGGAUCAGACAUUACCGCGCUGCGGUUGUCGCCGCUUUUGGAGUCGGCCACCAGUUAGCAGUGUCUUCCAGGACAGCACGGUGCCCAACCUGUCGGAGAUAUGCAUGUGCUCGCACCAUGCCUGCUUCCACGAGGAUGCUCAGCCUGGACAGACACAGCCCAUGCCCGUGACUAGUGUCGCGGGACAGGAAAACCAGAAGCCCAGGGCUAACAGGGAACCACUGAGUCCGGUUCCGGGUGUGCCGUCGUUUCACAUGCCUUCCAACCUCGGAUUGUCGCUGGAUUUCAACAUGCUGGGCUUCCAGACCUCCGUGUCUGCUCCUCACAAGGAUGCUAUUGACACAUUACCGGCCGAGGAUGCCCGAGCGGGACAGGACAGUCCAAUGCCGGAUACGUUUAACAGCUGGGGGGAUAUAUUCGAGACUCAGGCGGCACCGGCCAAUGGACCCCCGUCCAAUCCUGCCCAGUGUAUAAUGUCAUCUCAGCCACCAUCGACUGCCGCCUCUAGCCAAGCCAGAUACCUGAGGCCCUUUGCUGGGAAAGGACUGCAAACACUAAGCGGCGGCUCAGUCGUGGCAGCGCAAGCCCGCUCUGCGGGACGGAGCGACCAGGAUGGUAAUGCGGGUGCGAUACGGGAUAUGAUACCUCCUUCAGGAGAUUUUCCUUGCCGUGAUGCCGGGGAUGCCACCCCUAGACCCGCACACUCUCAGGCUCGUUCAGCGGCGGCCUCAUACCUUGGGUCGUACCAGAAGCUAGCGGACACGGUUGAGGCCCACGAACAGCGACUCGAGAGACUCGAGAGCGCAUCAUUUUCCAUUGCCGGCCACGAUGACUGCAACGACAAGCACGAGCACACUGAUCUACGUGUUACCGAACUUGAAUCCAGGGUAGAAGAGGUGGAGAAGAUCCUUAAUGACAGCAGUAGCAUCGCCAGCAGCAAGCGCACCGUCCGGAACGAUGGCACCGCUGAUGACGCUACAGCCAGCGUUGCCUCGGUUUCAACUAACGCCACAGUACUCGCUUCAAACCGCGCCGAGGUGUACAGUCAGCUGCGGAUACUACAAGCACAGGUCAGCCAACUGCAGGAAGCCGCGUUGCCUUCAUACACCAAACCUUGGGAGCUCGAAGUGGUAUUUUUGCCAUUUCCGCUGAAGGGAAUCUGGAUGGACGCACGGGAAUUCUCGGCGCAGCGCCGGUCGACGGGUUCCAAUGUAGGCGAGUGGACGCAAAUGCCGAACACAAUCAGCAGGGCGACACCAGAUCCGCAGUCGCCCAAGUUUAUGGAGUGGGUGGGACAAGGGCCCGAGUCAAACUGGCUACUGCCGAGGGCUUUUGCUUCUGGCCGGACCAUUGACCAGAGACUCAAGAGUCGUGGCCUGAUCAAAACGGUCCUCGUCAGGGGCCCGGACGCUCGGAGUGUCCAUCUUGCGAUCCACAACGCGUUUUACGAUAUCCUGCGCAUCUCGUCCAAUUCUGAUGCCCUGUCGGGAUAUGCGCCUCCUGAUUCACCCCUGUCCGAAUACCUCGGCCUAAGACAAGCCUGGGUACCGUUACGCAAACUUCACAAAGAUUCGCGCCUUCGCUUUCUUUCGCCCGCCGAGAUGGCAACGCCUGCGUUGUGGGACUUUACGUUCCUAGUAUCCAGCGUUGUCAUGAAAGCCACGGGUUUGCAGCGCCUCUACAUCACGCAGCCAGAAGCUUACCUCCAAGAUCAUCCCCUGGGUUACCACGCUUUUGAAUCCGGGUGGAACUGGCAGAAGCUACGCGAGCUGAGGAGGGUGUACCCGGAUUCUCAGAGCAGCGCCGGUGAUGUCCCUGAGGCGGACGCGAUGGAAGAAUGCUGGGCUUGGGACGAACGUCUGGACGGAGAGCCCAGUGUAAACACAUCGAUCAUGAGCCUUUGUCAAUCCCAUCAGCAGCGCGUAUCUAAGCGUUCUUCGACAGAACCAUCUGCCCAAUUCUUCACGGGCGUGCAGUCACCUAUUCUCACCAGCAACCCCGGUUUCUCCCGGGCGCAGUCUCCUCUCAUCCAGCGGGACCGUAAGGGCUCCUGGCCGCCGCAUAUCCGCGCCGGAUCGCUGCCGCCAGUCGCCCCGACCCUCUUAUCUCCGGCUCAGUCCCGUCGGCGGGUGUCCUCCCACACCGCCAGCGCCACCCCCUACGAGCGGCGGUCCUCGCCGUUCAUUCCCCGCCCCAGCCCCCGCCUCAACAGCCACCCCAACAUGGCAGCUAACACGUCCGCCGCCAUGAUCCCCAAACGCCGCUUCGGGACCCGCUCGCCCUCCCUCGCCCCGCGAAACACGCCGCGGUGGAGCCGCACGAGCAUGAGCCGCUCCCCGUCUCUCGCGCCGGGCGGUCCGUACGGCUACCACGACGAAGCACCCAACCGCGAGCGGCGCACCACGCCCUUCUACUACGCCACGCCGCACAGCGACGCGCACCCGGACCAGCCCUACGGCUAUCUCCGUGCCGGAAGCCGCGGGCCCACGCCAGGGCCCGCGGGGCUCCGUAUCGGUGGCUAUGGCGACGGCGGCGACGACGACGAGGACAUGAAUGAUGGAGACUACGAGGAUGACGAGAGGGGAUCGUCGACGGACCCCUACGACAGUGAAAUGACCAGCGACGAUCACGUGGACCAGUAUAACCAUAAUCAUAGCCAUAGCCACAGGCGUCGCAACAAGCAUAACAACUCGUUUGGCUUCGGCCGGGACGCGGAUGGGGCGGAUCUGGACAUUGACGUGUACGAGGAUGAGGAAGAUGGCGAGGACUAUGAGAAGGAGGACGAGCUGGACGGGGUGGACACGGAUGGCGGCGAUGGGCAGACCGCAGCGUGGCAUGGGCUUGGUCGACAGCCGCAGCAACACCAGGUGCAACAGCAAGUCCCAUCAUUCCCUCAUGGACAGCACGUACAGCAGGGCGCGUCACUGGCUCAGCCCCGACCUGAAGAUAUCCCCUGGGCGGGGAUCGAAGACCAUAUGUCGGACGGGGAGAAUGUGGAUCCGUCCGAGUCGUCGUCUUUCUCGUCACAGUCAUUAUCGCAGUCUCAGUCGCAAUCUCAGCUUCAGUCGCAAGAGAUUGAGAUCCAUGAGAACGACGACGACGACGAUGAAGACGAGGACUGUGGUCAACGACAGCGACAACGACAACAAUCAACGCUGCCCGAUGCCGAUGCCGAGGAUGAUGCCGAGAACGAUGACGAUGACACGACCAGCGCAAGCGCAAGCAGCCAGGCGCCCAGCGAGUACUCGAGCAAACCCGGCCCGUGGCAGGUCAUCCCCCUGCUGCCGCCGCCAAGCAGCAGCACUGUGGAUGUGGAUGUGGACGACGAGGAAGUGGGCCAGGGCCAGCAUCCGAAGCAGACCGCCGCCGCCAUUGCCAUUGCUACGACUGAGUCACAAUCACAAGAGGAGGAGGAGUCGAUGGAGUUCCGGAUUCAUGAGGACGGGACGGCGGGAGGAGGGGAAGGCGGUGACGGCGGGGCUGGGUUGUUGUUGGAUACGCAGUGGGCUUGA